AUGCGAUCGGACAUUCGCAAGGGCGCGUUCGUGGGAGGGAAGCGGAGAGACGCGGACUUUCAGGGGAAGAUUUUGUACCCGCCCUGUCGCAAGGGCGUGUUCACGCCGAGCGGCUGGGACGGAAGCGAAGCGGCGCGGUCCGCGUCCGCGCCCGACGCGACGCUCGAGCUCGAGUUCGUGCACGGGUACGCGCGCGACUGCAACGCGAACAACUUGCACUACACGAACACCGGGGAGGUGGUGUACUGCGCCGCGGGGCUGGGCGUCGUCUACGACAAAGACGCGCACUCGCAGCGGUUCUUCUUCGGGCACGACGACGACGUCAAGUGCGUCGCGAUCACGAGGGAACGCGACGUCGUCGCGACCGGGCAGCUCGGCCGCGCGCCGAUCGUCUGCGUGUGGGAUCCGAAGACGUGCGAGACGCUCGCGACGUUGCGGCACCCGCCGGGGACGCGAGGGAUCGCCGCGGUUGGGUUUUGCCGCGAGAGCCGGCUGCUGGCGUGCGUGGGCAUGGACAAUAACCACACGAUUUUCGUGUGGGAUUGGCGGCGGGGGAAGAUCGUCGCGGAGUGUAAAGGGUGGAACGACGUCCCGCCGAAGGUGUACGGCGUCGUGUUCGACCCGUUCGGGCCGGAUCCGAGCGCGUUCGUCACGUACGGCGUGAACCACGUCAAGUUUUGGACCAACGCGGCGUUCGACAGCGGCAAGUUCGGCCCCGUCUGCGACAAGCACGCAGUCACCGCGGCGACGUUUCUCCCGAGCGGUCGUCUGCUCACGGGCACUCCCGACGGCGCCAUCGCCGUGUGGGGAAAAGACCGGCGGAUCGUCCGCGUCGUCCGCGCGCACGCGAAAGGCCCGGUGGUCUUGCGCGAGGACGGCCCGCCGACGCACCACGGCGUGCGGUGCCUGAAGCUCCGCGGCGACGACAAGACGCUGUUAUCCGCGGGCGCGGACGGGCACGUGAUCACGUGGGACGUCUCGAGCGGCGAUUUAAAAGAGACGGGCGUCGUCGGCGCCGUCGCGGUCAAAGCGGAUACCGUCACCCCCGGCGGCUCUUCCGCGUCGGCGCCGAUCUUCCGCGGGCUGGACUGCAUGCCCGGGUGCGACGUCUUCAUCGCGGGGACGCGCGGCUCGGACGUUUGGGAGGUGGACGACACCCCGCGGGUGUUGAUCGACGGCCACGAGGCGAGCCUCAGCGGCGUCUGUUGGCAUCCGACGACGCCCGGCGAGUUCGCCACCGCGAGCGAGGGCGAGCUCGUGUACGUGUGGUGCGCGCGGACUAAGCGUCUGAAGCGCGCGGUCGGGUUACCCGGUAACAAGGCGAGGUGCGUGGGGUUCUCCCCGGACGGGUCCAGACUCGCGGUCGGGUGCGUCGACGGCGGCGUGCACGUGUUGGACGCGAAGUCGUUGAGGCGACUGAAGAUUAUCAAGACGCACGCGGACGUUGUGACGGAUUUGAAGUUCUCUCCGUGCGGGUCGAUGCUCGCGACGUGCAGCGCGGAUCAGUUCGUGGACGUCUUCGACGCGAAGCUCGACGCGUACAAGCGGCUGUCGCGGUGCGCGGGGCACAGCGCGACGGUGCGGCACCUCGAUUGGUCCGCGGACUCGGAGACGUUGAGGUCGGUGUGCAGCGCGUACGAAAUUCUAUACUUUUCCCCCGCCUCCGGAAAGCAAGUCAUGAAGAACCAGAGAGACCAAAAGUGGGCGACGUGGACGGGCGUCUUAGGCUUCGACGUCAUGGGGAUAUGGCCCGACUUCGCGGACGGCACGGACGUGAACGCGAUCGACCGGACGCGCUCCGGGAGACACGUCGCCACCGCGGACGACUUCGGCGGCGUCAAGCUGUUCAACUAUCCGUGCGUCGUGCAAGACGCGCCCUACGUCCUCGGGCGAGGGCACUCCUCGCACGUCAUGAACGUCCGGUUCUCGCCGGACGACGGGACGCUGAUCAGCGUCGGCGGGAAGGACCGGUGCGUGUUUCAGGUGCGUUCUCCUUCACACUGGUUCCCAUACGACCGCGAUCGCGUGGUGAACGCCGAUCCUUAA